GGAAGAUGAGGCUGUCACGCUGCGUCACGCGGGCUCCGUCACACUGCGUCACGCGGGCUCCGUCACGCUGCGUCACGCGGGCUCCGUCACGCUGCGUCACGCGGGCUCCGUCACGCUGCGUCACGCGGGCUCCGUCACGCUGCGUCACGCGGGCUCCGUCACGCUGCGUCACGCGGGCUCCGUCACGCUGCGUCACGCGGGCUCCGUCACGCGGGCUGCGUCACGCUGCGUCACGAGGGCUCCGUCACACUGCGUCACGCGGGCUCCGUCACACUGUGUCACGCGGGCUCCGUCACGAGGGCUCCGUCACACUGCGUCACGCGGGCUCCGUCACACUGCGUCACGCUCCGUCACGCGGGCUCCGUCACGCUCCGUCACGCGGGCUCCGUCACGCUGCGUCACGAGGGCUCCGUCACACUGCGUCACGCGGGCUCCGUCACACUGCGUCACGCGGGCUCCGUCACACUGCGUCACGCGGGCUCCGUCACGCUGCGUCACGCGGGCUCCGUCACGCUGCGUCACGCGGGCUCCGUCACGCUGCGUCACGCGGGCUCCGUCACGCUGCGUCACGCGGGCUCCGUCACGCUGCGUCACGCGGGCUCCGUCACGCGGGCUGCGUCACGCUGCGUCACGAGGGCUCCGUCACACUGCGUCACGCGGGCUCCGUCACACUGUGUCACGCGGGCUCCGUCACGAGGGCUCCGUCACACUGCGUCACGCGGGCUCCGUCACACUGCGUCACGCUCCGUCACGCUCCGUCACGCGGGCUGCGUCACGCUGCGUCACGAGGGCUCCGUCACACUGCGUCACGCGGGCUCCGUCACACUGCGUCACGCGGGCUCCGUCACGCGGGCUCCGUCACACUGCGUCACGCGGGCUCCGUCACACUGCGUCACGCGGGCUCCGUCACACUGUGUCACGCGGGCUCCGUCACGAGGGCUCCGUCACACUGCGUCACGCGGGCUCCGUCACACUGCGUCACGCGGGCUCCGUCACGCUGCGUCACGAGGGCUCCGUCACACUGCGUCACACGGGUUCCGUCACACUGCGUCACGCGGGCUCCGUCACGCUGCGUCACGAGGGCUCCGUCACGCUGCGUCACGCGGGCUCCGUCACGCUGCGUCACGAGGGCUCCGUCACACUGCGUCACGCGGGUUCCGUCACACUGCGUCACGCGGGCUCCGUCACGCUGCGUCACACAGGCUUCGUGACGCUGCUCCAG